UGGCUACCACACACUGCCACUGCAACCAACCUACCUCCCACUGCUGCUCCUCUCCUCUGCCAGCUAUGUCCAAGGCUGUGCUUCUGGCAGACCUGAGGACUAUCCUCCGACAUAUCAAUAGGCUGCCGAGUCAAGGGAUAAACUCGUUCAAGGCUCAGACCAUGGCCCAGUUCCGAGGGAAUAUGGCCAUCACAGACAAGGAAGAAGCCAGAAAUUUGAGAUGGAAGGCCCACGAUGCGGCGCAGCUAGUAACGGCGUUGCAAGUCAGGAAGGAGUUACUCGACUUGCACGCUGGAGAGAAGAUGACACAAGAAGAGCGAAUCAGGUUGGCAGCCUUGAGAGUAGGGCUGAACCCUCCGGAGGUUUACGACUCCGCCGCGCCGUCGGCCUUAUGAUUGUAGAUAGCACACUACAGUAGAGGUACAAAGACGAAACAAUUUGUGGUGGUGGUUCGCAGGCUUACCCCAGGACUGCUGUGCACUUGGAAGUUUGUUUGGUUCGUCUUCGUCCGACUACAUGCUGGGCGAGGGAGGGACGUUAGGUGGUUGUCCCAUAUUGACUCUGCGUUCUUGUCUGAGCUCUGUUGUGUACAAGCACUGCUGGCGCCUCGUGUACGGUAGCAGUGAAACGUUGCUUUGCCCUUUUUUUCUCAGGCAUUUUUUUUCACGAGAAUUGGGGCACGUGUAGCUCACGAUUGGGUGCGCACAUGUUGUCCGGAGGUACCCAACCCAACGAACGAAGGACUGCGAAAUGCUGCGCUUGGGCACAUUACUGCGUGCUCGUCCCAUGAGUGAAAGUAAGAACGGUUCGCAACUGACUUGUGGCUGUUGGGUAUCCGGAGGCUGCAGUGUUGAACACGAACGUCUCGCGGUACCCGGUGUACCUUUUACCCUGAAGCCAGCGAGUUUUAAGACCCUAUUUUGGUACGGCAGUAAAAGGAGCAGCAGUAUCGGGGUUUUUAUUGUUGCGACGUGUUUACGGGUGGAGUAGACGUUGUUCAACGUAAGUACAAGUCACCGAAUGCAAUUUCUUCUCUUUCGUUUGUCACGAUGGCCCCAUCACGUAGUUAUGGUGGGUACACUUGAAAAUGUGCUGCAUAACCUCUUGAGACGCUGAUACACGCUGCAGUUUGUGCCUUUGGCGCCACCAUGAAAGACGGGCUCUCAUUUACAACAUUGUUGUUGGCAACCUAAGUGAAGUUCGACUUGCAUGGCCGCCGCUCGAUGUCC